GCCUGCAGUAGCCGCAAGUCCCAAACCGGAUCAAGUUCGGAGCAAAAUUCUGGUAUCAGUGAUUCCUUCUCCCAAAUGAUCCUCCAGCUCCACGAUGUUUAUGAUCCAAACAAGAUUAAUGUCAAGAUAAAAAGUGUAUCCGAAUCAUCAUGUGGAGCUGUAGCUGAAGAAGCUAAACAAGCUCAAUCUAGUUGGGUUGUAUUGGAUAAGCAGCUCAAACAUGAGGAAAAGCGAUGUAUGGAGGAGUUGCAAUGCAACAUAGUGAUCAUGAAGCGUUCUCAAUCAAAAGUGCUCCGCUUAAAUUUGGUUGGGUCAUCUGAGAAGGAAGCUGAAGCUUGUCAAUUAAAUCCUGAGGCAGAUGAAACAUCUGAAAAGCAUCCCCAAAACAAAAAUGGAUCAUCCGAUAUAGGGCCUGUUUUCACUCCAACUAGCAGUCCAGUGCUUGGGACGACAUUCAGUGCUAUUGAAGCAGGAACUUCUUCAGUGUCUAGCUCUGAUCCAGGCACUUCACCUUUUUGCUCCUCAGAAAGAAAUUCAGACUCGAAGAAAGAGGAAUCACUAGUCAUCAAGGAAAACCAGGAUCUUGAUGAAUCCAUUUCAGACCCAGAGAGCGAAAACUUAUCCUUAUCUUCAGCGAGUUUAAGUUAUCAGCCAUGGAUAACAGAAUAUCUUACUUCUCAUCAUCAGUCCUCACAAUACCUCGAAGAGCCUUCAGGUCGAAUUAAUGUUAGGGCUCAAGCUUCAACAACAAAAGCCUCACUGGAGAAAUUUUCAAAAUCUGAUAGAGAAGCUGGAAUUGGAAUAUCAAGCUUUAGGAGUGAUAUUGAAUUUAGUGGAAAUGUGAGAGAAGCAGUUACAUUAUCGAGAAACUCCCCUCCUGGCCCUCCUCCGUUGUGUUCAAUAUGUCAGCAUAGGGCACCUGUAUUUGGAAAACCGCCAAGGUGGUUUACCUAUGCUGAAUUGGAGCUUGCAACUGGUGGAUUUUCUCAAGCUAAUUUCUUGGCCAAGGGCGGGUUUGGAUCCGUUUAUAGAGGAGUACUGCCAGAUGGACAGGCAAUUGCAGUCAAGCAACACAAAUUGGCUAGUUCUCAAGGAGAUCAUGAAUUUUACUCGGAAGUGGAAGCCCUCAGCUGUGCUCAGCACAAGAAUGUUGUUAUGCUGAUUGGAUUCUGCAUUGAGGAUAGAAGGCGGCUUUUGGUUUAUGAAUACAUAUGCAAUGGAUCUCUAGAUUCUCAUCUAUAUGGGCAUCAUGGGGAGGUGUUAGAAUGGUCUGCGCGGCAAAAGAUUGCUAUAGGAUGUGCUAGAGGUCUGAGAUACCUUCUUGAAGAAUGCAGAGUUGGAUGCAUCGUGCACCGUGAUAUGCGGCCAAACAACAUUCUGAUUACCCAUGAUUUUGAAUCUUUGGUUGGUGAUUUUGGCCUUGCCAGAUGGCAGCCUGAUGGUGAUGCUGGAGUCGAAACAAGAGUGAUUGGAACAUUUGGGCAUCUGGCACCAGAAUACACUGAAACCGGCCAAAUAACCGAAAAAGCCGAUGUUUAUUCCUUGGGAGUGGUGUUAGUUGAACUUGUUACUGGGCGGAAAGCUGUGGACCUUAAUAGGCCAAAAGGCCAACAAUGUCUAAUUGAAUGGGCCCGUCCCCUUCUGGAAGAAUAUGCUAUAGAUGAAUUGGUUGAUCCAGGAUUGAGGGAUCGCUACUCCGAGCAUGAGGUCUAUUGCAUGCUUCAUGCUGCAUCAUUAUGCGUAAGGCGGGAUCCUCAUUCUAGGCCUCGCAUGUCACAGGUGCUCCGUAUAUUGGAAGGCGACGUGCUUAUAGAUGCAAAUUAUGCAUCGCCAGGAUCUGACAUUGGCAACCUGAGUGGCCGGAUAAGUGCAGACCAACAACAUCACAGUGGAUCCCUGGUAAAUGAGGCAUUAGAAUAUUUCAGUGAGAAGCUCUCCUUUGAUGGGCUAAGGUCUGGAGUCAGGCGGACUUCAUCUACAGAUCAUUUGUAA